AUGGGGCUCUCAGAUAACGAUGUGCAGAAACAAUUACGACAUAUGAUCGCAUUUAUUGAACAAGAAGCAAUUGAAAAAGCCGAGGAAGUUGAUGCAAAGGCGGAAGAGGAAUUCAAUAUUGAAAAGGGCCGUCUUGUCCAGCAACAACGAACCAAGAUUUUAGAAUAUUAUGAUAAGAAAGAAAAGCAGGUCGAACUUCAAAGAAAAAUUCAGAGUUCGAACAUGCUUAAUCAGGGACGCCUAAAAUGCUUAAAAGCACGUGAGGAUCAUUUAAAUAAGGUUCUGGAAGAAGCGCGGUUGAGUUUGAGUCGAAUUUCUGGAGAUUCCACCAAAUAUCCAUCAAUCUUGAAAGGUUUAAUCUUGCAGGCAUUGUUCCAAUUGCUGGAAAGAGAAGUUACAUUACGUUGCCGUAAAAAAGAUGAACCGUUGGUUGAAAAACUCAUACCGGAAUGUCUUGACGAACUUGAGCAGCAGUGGGGUGAACGUACAAAGGUAAAAAUCGAUACUACUGAAUAUUUACAUGAUGAAAGUGCUGGUGGAGUAGAAAUUUCAGCUAGAAAUGGUAAAAUAAAGGUUUCAUCGACACUUGAAUCUCGUUUAGAAUUGAUUGCUGCUCAGCUUGUACCUCAAAUUCGUGUAUCUUUGUUUGGUGAAAAUCCGAAUAGAAGAUUCUUUGAUUGA